AUGGGGUGCAGGAACACAAUUUUGUUGGUGUUGGUUUUUGUAGGUUUGAUCACAAAGAAGGGCUUCGCAGCACAACUCACAGUUGGAGGAAGCCAAGGUUGGGAUGAGUCCACAGACUUCAACUCUUGGGCAUCUGCCCAAAAAUUCAAGGUUGGCGAUCAACUUGUUUUCAAGUACUCUUCGGGGCUGCACAGCGUGGUGGAGCUACCAAAUGAGAGUGCCUACAAGAGCUGUGACCUUGGCGGUGCAUUAGACUCCAAGAAUACCGGCAGUGACGUGGUGAAGUUGACCAAGGCUGGUACACGAUAUUUUGCUUGUGGCACUUUAGGUCACUGUGGCCAAGGCAUGAAGGUGAAGAUCACUACUGUCGAUGGAAAUGCACCAUCUUCUCCGGCAUCAGCAUCGUCAUCGUCGCCGUCUUCUGAUGCUUCUCCUGCUUCAACUUCCCUGCAUUCCAUUACUUCAUUCCUUGUGCUUGCUGCAUUAUCUGCAACCGUUGUUCUGCCUUCUAUGUUUUGA